CAAAAGUCUUUUGAUUUUAUUUUAGGGUUCUAAGGAGGAAGGCGAUGGCGCUCGUGGCGCCGCCUGCGUUCGAGGAGGCUGCGCACUGCGCGAUCUGUGGCUGCGGCUUUGGCACAUUCAAGCGCCGGCAUCACUGUCGCGCUUGCGGGAGAACUCUGUGCAACGAGCACUCCUCGAAUCAGAUGGCUCUUCCACAAUUUGGCUUGCACGGGCCAGUGAGGGUCUGCAAGGAUUGCUUCACAGCAGGCGACACGAGUGUUCCAGCCUUAGAAGAGGGUGAUGGAGUCGUUACAAGGGAGCCGUCUGAGAAUGACUCGUUGGUACCGGAGUUUUCUAGUCUCAAUCUCAACGAGGCCACGGUACCAGCUACAGUUCCCGCCAAUGAGUCGACUUCCACAGUUCCCACGUUUGAAUGCAAGUGUGGAAUGCCUCUUUGCAUCUGCAGCGCUCCAGAACCAGAAGCACCAAAGGUCUCGCCUCAAGUCUCACAAUCAGCCAGUAGUUCCAGAAGCAAGAAAACGGCCACCUCAUCUCUUCCAACAAGGCAAGAUCAACCUCGACCUUUGCCUGUGAAACAAUCUCCAAGCCUAUUUUUCACGGGUGGACAAAGCGUCAAGGCCGAGGAUCAUGCCCCCUGUCGAAGUUACGAUAUCAGCGGCGAGGGAAUACGGGAGGCCAUUAAGAACGGGGAUGCAGGUGCUGUAAAGAAUCUUCUUUCCAAAGGAGUGGAUGCCAAAUACACGGAUAAGCAAGGGAUGUCACUGCUGCACUUGGCAGCCGUGUUUAACUUGACAGAGAUAGCCUUCAUGCUUUUGGACUCUGGAGCAGAGGCCUAUUCCAGAAACUUGCAGGGAGAGACACCCUUGGACUGCGCGCAAACGACUUUACAACUAAAGCUCCUGGAAAAGCUUGCAAGAAGUUGAAAGGCAUUUAAUUUAAAAGAGAACAAUCGUACGCCAGGGAAAUAAUAAGGUAGCUCUGUUUACCUCAUUUCAUCUUUCAA